AUGGAGCACCUGGUGCUGGGAUUGGUGCUGUUUGCUGGGACCCUGGCCGCCGGCAACCCCCUGCAGGACCUGGGGCCCAUCAAGCAGAUCAAGCUGGACAUGGCCUGCACCUCCUUCGAUGACCAGUACCGGGGCUGCGGCCACCAAAUGGACAAGGAGCUGGGGAAGCUCCACCAGAUGGAGCUCACCAAAAACAGCAUCUACGCCCACUACUGGCCCCUGGCUGCUGCUGAAUGGAAGAAGAGGGCGGCUUAUGUCCCCAGGCCACCAGCGCUGCGGGCAGAGCAUGCAACGGCCCUCCUGGCGUACUCCCGAAAUGGAAGCUUGUACAAGGCCUUCAACACGGCCGUGCGCGAGGCCGGGCGCUCCCGCAAUGUAUACUUGUACAAAUUUCACUUCAAGACGCUGCAUUACCUCCUGACCCAGGCCCUGAAAAUCCUGCGGAAUGCCCAGCCCAACUGCUACCACGUCUAUCGGGGCAACCGGAACAUCCACUUCACCGCCAAGCGCCACGAUCUCAUCCGCUUCGGCCAAUUUGCCUCCACCUCCUUCGUGAAGGAGACGGCCGAGUUUUUCGGCCGGGACACCUUCUUCUCGCUGUCCACCUACCAUGGCUUCCCCAUCAGGAACUUUUCUUUCUUUCCCAACGUGAAUGAGGUCCUCGUCCCGCCCUACGAGACAUUCGAGGUCAUCGACAUCCGCAAGCAGGGGAACGCCACCCACAUCAAGCUCCUCCCCAAGGGCACAUACAGCAGGUACAACUGCGAAUGGCUGAAAGGGAAGCAACACCAGAACCAGAAGCGCAACUUCAAGGCAGGUGAUCCCGGAGCCCCCGCUGCCAAUGGGGAGGGUGACCCCCCAGCCGGGCCCCCCCUGGCUGACAUUCCCCCCGACCAAACUCUCAACCUCGAGGCAGGACCAUCAUUGGGGACCUCCCUGCUCCUGGAAGACACAGCCCUGGCAGCCGCGGGGGAACCCUGA